UAAAGGAUCAUCAGAUUCGAAUUCUGAUCGUGAGAUUUAUGUGGCGCCACGGAUUAAACGACAAUUCGACCUAGUGUUCAGCGAUCCAUAUGGAGGACCGAUGCAGCUGACCGGUUUUGGUUUCGAUGCUAUCUUUAACUGCACUCAGUUGAUCUGUCAUACUCGAAUGAUUUCUUCGUUAUUAACUCAAUCCUAUCACAAUUGCAGUCAACUUCGAGCGAAACGACAACUUCACUUUGUGUUCAGUAACUCUGAUUAUGGCUGGCGAUGGACCGGAAUUGGAUGGGGUCCUUAUGUAUUCGACCCGUCGAUGGCCGGAAGGUACACGAACAGUGCGAACAUUUAUACAAUCAAUUUUGCUGCAAGAAAACCCGCAUAG